UGAAGAUAUGCAGAAUUACCUGAAACAGUGAAGCUGUCUGUGAAUGCAUCCUGGUCGUUGGGAUACGGCCAGAUGAUGAAAGAAAGAUUAUUCGAAAGUGUAAGCAGCCGUAAGAGCUAGGCUCUUGUCGAGUCCAUCUUUACCGUAUAAACUGUUUAAAUGGCACAAUUGCUCAUGCAGCUUUGCUCCACCAGUGGUCAAGAUGCACAUACUCGGCCAAGGCAUUUUUUUUUGAAGCAUUGGCAUCAGUUGCGACCCUGUGCUGUGUUAAUGUAACCUGACUCGCGACCACAGAGGAAUUUCGUUCCAACUAGCUCCACUCAUCCAUCUGGGAUCGCUCCCAGAUUUGGGGACCAGAUUUAAUGGUCGAGCCAAUCAGGACUGUCGGGCGGGAUUUGUAUAUAUGUGACGUAGCGGACAAGGGACUGUUUUGAUUCAGACAACAAUGGCGGCUCGCAUCGAGGAGGCAAGCGUCAACAUUGAUGAUGCUAUUUCAUCCGUGUUGUCCAAUCUAGCGAAUAUUCUUUCUUUAAAAGAACAUCAGAGAGCGCUCUCAUCAGCGUCACGGGUUGGUUUCGAUGUGAGUGGUUGAAGUAGCACGUCAAUAAAGAUGACGGACAAGUGGUUUAUCCAAUCAAGGAUUUUUGUUAUGGCCCAUCCUUCUAAAACACCUCUCCAAUGGAUUGAUCAUACAUGGAUGAGUGGAGCUAGGUGGAAAAAAUUCAUCGGGCGAGAGUCAGGUUAGUGUUAUCGGCCACUUCCACAGAAAUUCAAAAUAUAGACAUUUAUUAAAUUCUGUACUUUUACAUUACAUUUAUUUAGCUGACACUUAAGUGCAAAGCAACUUACAGUAAUUGCAUUCCACAAUGGAAGAUGAAACCCAAAAAGCAGGAAUCAUGCAAGUACAUGAAAUGCGUUCAAUAAGGGAGCUUCUUUAAUUGCUAUAUUACAAAAAAACGAGAGAUGAGUUUUCAGUCUGCAGUCUUUUUCCAAAAGUCUUGACCUUGUAAAGUAAUCAUUGAUAUCAUGUUUAGAAUAGAUCCUCCUUCCUCUGCUAGUACUAAGCUGUUCCCCUCAGGUACCUCCUAUAGACAGGUAUAGAGGUAUAGAUGGUUGUGAUCACUGAAACAACUUUUUUCUGAACAUUUGUGUUGACAUUGUGCCAAAGCAAGAUAAUGAUUAUUUAACAAUCCACUAGGAUUGUGUCAGUUCAUUGUUUUUAUAUAUAUUAUGUUAACUUUCUGAGCCCGAGCCAGGAAGGUUCAGAUGUCUGUUUGGGGAAAAAUAAAAGUGGGAAAGGUGGGAAAGGCUGCCUUCUUGCUUCAUUGUCCAACAUAUUCAAUAUCAAUUAAAACUAGUCUACUCAAGUAGGGCUAUUAGUCCCGUUCAGAUUAGUAAUUAUUAGAUUGACAUGGGUAUAAAAUUGCGCUCAAUGUAAAAGGACCUUUACUUGUAAGCUGUGACCUAUAUGCCCUAUCCCAAUGUCCGGACUCACAGACUUUGCUGCGUGUUCUCGGAAAAUUAUUAAGGCUUUAGGGCUGUCCCAAUGUCAAAAUCCAAAGGGCGUGAGGGUUUGAGUCCACACUUACCGAGCCCUUUCUGUGAGUCCAUAUCCAUGGUUUACAUAGGAAUGAAUGGGCGCCAUUUUGGAAUCCGUUGUAAUGUCCAUUUUAUAAUGUGUCCAUGGUCAAGGGCGUCAGUUUGUUUUUAGAAGUGGUGGGGACAAUAACCAUAAGCUUGAGUGUGGUUUGAAAAGUGCUGGGUACCCUUAUGUAAGCUAUUCAUCCAUUCAACGCUGCAUUACAAUAUGCUCAGUGUAUCGUCAGGUGUUGAAAAUCCUAUUCGAACAAUAAGUUGAAAACACAGUUUGUGUUUUGGCUUGUUUUGCAAAACGGCGUUGGAAACACCAGGGUAUUGGCUCGGAAUAUGUAAUACUAAUACACACAGGACAAAGAACAGUGUUGGCAAUUUAACACUUAUCUUGACAUCAAAAAAGUUUACCAGACAAACAAUGCCAGACUGUAAAGGGGGUACGAAAUGAAACAAGGUACUGAGCAUCAGCCUUUUGAAGACGAGCAAGGGCUGCUGGUAGCAUAUGUGAUGCUGCAUAAAAAAAAAAAAAAAAAAGCGCCCAGAGGAGAAUUGCAUCUGCCAAAUCCUGACCACCAGUAAACACUUGCGAAGGACCAAUGUAGACUUCACUCGUUGCAACAACAUAAGCAAAUUGCCCGCAAAUAAAAUAUCCUACAGUUUAGGAUAAUCACACAGGUUAUGCGAGAACAUAUUUAUGUCAGGAUAGGCCUACCAGGCUCCAAGUCGUCACAUAUCUCAAAUCAGACAAAACAACUAUAACCACAUUGGCAUAGCAAUCGCACCGUGUGUAGCUGCUACUGGCUGCAAUCUAUAUAAACAAUGCAUACUAGCUGGAGCACCAACCAGAAUCGGAUCACAAUCGCUUAGGACCGUGGGUAACCUUUGGCCAGGUCAUCACGAGCAAACAGAACCAGCAGCAAAGUUUACGUAAACCAAUUUCUUACCUUAUGUGGCCCUCCACAUUCAGGCUAGAUGAUGUAUCCAUAUCGUUAUCCAGUGUCACAAACAUACUUUUAUAGGAAGCAAAAGGACCGGCUAUUUUCUGAAAAAAAAAUCAAUUUUGGAUGUCUGUCUUGAAACUUCUCCAGUGCGUUCACACCAAACGCAACGGGGCGACAAGAUCCCAUACAAAGUGAACGUAUAGACGCGUAUCGGGCGAAUUUUUUGGAUUUGUCGCGCCACACUUUCGCCGUGCACUGGCGAGCGCAUUCACGAGGAUUUGUGGCGCGACAAAUACGCUCGAGUUGAAAGAUUUCAACUUUGACACGAAUUUCGCGUGAUGACAGCCAAUUAGCGUUCAACAGCGUGGCCACUGAGUGACAUGUGUAACAUAACAGCCAAUCAGCGUUCAACCGUCAAACUCAGUGCAGUGCAGUCCGGGGUGAACUGCAGCAUGGAGGAGAAAGUGAUUGUUGCCGUUUGCGACUCUCGGAGCUCUUUAUAUAAUAGUAUAUAAUAUAAUAUAAUUGUAUAUAUAAUAUAAUAUAAUGGUAAUAUCACGGCCAAAAGCUCUGUGCGCCUCCGGAUGGCCGUAGCGCGGGGAGCUCAUAGGGAUUGGGCUUCUCGGGAGUUGGGGUUUGUUUACCGGCGUUGUUAUAGGUUCCGGUCUUUUGUGUUCCAACGGUUUAUUAGGUAGGUAGGCCUAUCUAAUAAAUGAUGUCUUCGUGCGCGCCUAUUGCAUGAUUUUAGACUUGACGAUUUCGGUUGAGUAUUUGGGGAUUUUUUCAGUCGCAUUCGGUUUGCAUAUCUUUAAAAGUGGUGGGGACAAAAUUCGUAUUUCAAAUAGUGGGGGGGACAUGUCCCCCCGUCCCCCCCGUAAUCGACGCUUAUGACCAUCAUCGAUCACUUGGAAUGGGUGCAUUUGUUUUGUGACACCAGGGAAAAACAGGUUGAGUCGCUGAAGCAAAACAGUUGAUAUUCCUCUGUGGUCGCAUAACAAGAGCACAACGAGUCAGUAGAGCCAACGAUAUCUCGAGUGUCAUAAUACCGAUAUGAGGAUGAAAAUUUAAAUCAGGUUGCUGUCGGGCGCUUCUUCCCAAGGCACGCCGUGCUUCGAGUGGAACUACAAGCUGCUGCCGCUUCAGUUGUCUAAUACUGUUGGCUCUGCGCUCUCGUUCUUCAGUAGGCAGCGGGCUACAGAUCGCCCCAGCAUCACACCAAACGUAGGCAAAGGGACAUCGGAUCGCCCCAAAUUGGUGCCCUAAUAAAUGCGGCUCUUUACCAUCUUUAUCACUAGCUGCCCAGCACAGGACCGGCCAGGGCGGAAGCCAGCUUGAUCUCGAGUAAGCUUGGUGUCUAUAAGUGGCAUAAGGCGUUGGAGUAAUAGCCUCUCGUAGUAGGGGCUGUAGCUCUAUGGGGGUGCUCUAUGUCUCGUAGUCUGUAGCUCUAUGGGGAUGAUGGGUCCUUUCCAGGUUUGGAAAUUGCGACAGUCUUGGCCUUUCUCCAUACAGGUGGGAUGGUUUCUGUGCCAUGCAUGAGUUCAGCAUUUCUAGCAGCCAGGUCAUCCCUUUAGGUCCCAGGUGCUGUAUCAUUUAGGCCAGUACAUCAUCGAUUCCUGCUACUUUCCCGAGUUAUUCUAGGUCAAAGGGCUUGGUGAGAGCGCUGGCUGGUUGAGGGCAGUCUGGUACCGCUGUCCGGCGGCAUUCUCCUGUGGGUCUGCGCCGGUUUUGGCUGAGACCGUUUGCCACCAGCUGUGCUGCAACGGAGUUUGCUGUGACUGUUGGUGAGCGUGGGCGGUGUGGUAUUAUCUUCACAGAGAUGGCGGAUUUUGGCCCAUGCCUUCCUGCUGUUAUUGGUCAUGUUUGUGUUUUCUAUCAGCUCCUUUCAGGCUUGCCUUCGAUCUUCCCCGACUGUGUUCAACAGGAUCUCACCGAGUUCCAUGGUGGUGAAGGAGAAAGGGUCCUCUUGGUAUGCCCUGUGGUAGGCUUCCAGCAGAUCGCUGGAUGUUUCAGUCAGCCCGGGGAUGUACUCAGUCUGGCAUUCUCUUGGUAUGUGUCGCCUGGCUGACCUUUUCAGCAGUUCUGUGAACAUGGUAUAGUUCUUGGGGUGUGGAGGAAUGCUUGGGAUGGGGUCUUCAGUCUCCUGUUGGAAUGACAUUCAGGUGGCCUUCUGCAGAUUGAACCUUCUGCGGAAGGGGACGGUUGUUGCUUGGAGAACGGAUCAGAUGGUUAUGGUGAUUGGCUGGUGUUGCUUGUGGGGAAUAGGGUUCAGGACCUCUUUCACAGCUCUGGAUAUUAGUUCCCUCUUCACACAGACAAGGUCUGGGUUAUAUCCUCGUUUCCAUCUGGUGCUGUGGAAAGAUUUAGGCAGUUUGGCGUUGUGGAUCAGGGUCAGGUGUUUCGACUCGAGCCAGGUUUCGACUUCCUCUCCAUCUUGAUUGUUCACUGCAUAACCCCACAAUGUGCUAUGGGCAUUGACGUCCCCAAUGCUGAUGGGGUAUCUCCCCUUGCAUCUGUCUGGCAGUUCAGAGUGGAUAUACAGACUUUUGGGGGGUUUGUACACUGAUGUGACGGAGACGUUUGGGAGGGCAACUGUGAUGGUUUCCAUUUGCCCUUCUGUGGUGUGGGUGCAGACCUCUUCGAUCGCGAGGUUUGUUCUGCUGGAUACAGCUGACGCAUGCUGUCUGUGUCGGAUCUCUGUAUACCUUAGGUAGGUAUACAGAUAUUGGCCUGCUGAUAGUAAUAAUCAUAUAGCAAUAUGAGAUUGAACAAAUCAGUGUUUCCCACGCUGCACCACGGGGAGGUUUGUGUAAUAGCAGCCAACUACAAUUAUCCUUACGCUGCAUGUAAAUCCCCCCAAGUCACUGCAAUGAUACACACUUCACAUACAGGCAUUAGUUUGUCGUUUAUUCAUAAACUGCAGUAAAAAAAAAAGUGCAUUAUCACAAAAACAUAAAUAAAACAAAAGAUCCCCCCCUCUCCUUGGUAUUAAAUGUGCAAUAUAAAUUAUAGAUUAGAUUAGAUUCACUUUAUUGUCAUUGCACAGUAACAGGUUGCAAUGCAACGAAAGGUAGGUGGGUCUAACCAGAGUGCCAACAUCAGUUUGAGCAACAUGUAUAAAUAUAUUUACAGUAUAAUAUCUGUGCAGCAAAAGUUAAUUACAACAGUUAUAAAGUAAAGUGCAGGUAGUGCAGACAAGUGUGAUUUAGCAGUAGGGACUAGGCAGUAUGAGAUAUGGAUGGGUAAAAAGUUCAGCAGCACUUGGGGGGAUAGAUGGACUUCAGCCAAUUUCCUGAGGAAGAACAUGCGCUUGUGUGCCUUCUUGAUCAGGGUUGUGAUGUUGGGGGUCCAGGAGAGGUCCUUAGAGAUGUGGACUCUAAGGAACUUAAAGCUGGUGACACGCUCAACCUCCUCCCCAUUGAAAUGGACAGGGCGGUGUGUGCCUGUUCUGUUCCUUCUGAAGUCCAGGAUGAUCUCUUUAGUCUUGCUUGUGUUGAGGGCCAGGUUGUUGUUGCUGCACCACUCUGCCAGGUGCCGGACCUCUUCCCUGUAUGCCGACACAUCGUUUUUGCUGAUGAGCCCGACCACUGUUGUGUCGUCUGCAAACUUCAAGAUUGUGUUUGAAGCAUGAACAGGACUGCAGUCAUCUGUGAAGAGGGAGUAGAGGAGGGGACUCAGCACACAGCCCUGAGGAAGACCAGUGUUCAGGAUGAGUGUUUGCGAGGUGAGCUUAUCCCGUCUGACAUGCUGGGGUCUGUUGGUCAGAAAGUCCAGUAUCCAAUUGCGUAGGAGGGGGUUGAUGCCAAGGACACUAAGCUUAUUGAUUAGUUUGGAGGGGAUGAUUGAAUUGAAUGCCGAGCUGAAAUCAAUAAACAGCAGCCUUACGUAGGUGUUACACAGGUCCAGGUGUUUAAGGGCUGGGUUUAGGACUGUGGUGAUGGCGUCGUCCGUGCUCCUGUUCUGACGGUAGGCAAACUGAUAGGGGUCUAGUGUGGUUGGAAGUUGGAUGUCUGUGUGUAGGUCUACUGUGUUUGUGACAGCAAAGUCAGUCAAAUUGGUGUGAUGAAGCCGGUGUUGAAGUUUGAGAUCUGCUCCCUCGGGCCAAACCUUCAUUGACUUGACUGAAGGCUUUACUCGCCUGAUGAGGGGGUGAUAUUUAGGUAGGAGAAACAGGGAGAUGUGGUCUGACUGACCCAGGUGGGGGAGAAGUAGGGCCUUAUAUGCUUCUUUGAUGAUAGUGUAGACAUGGUUUAAGGUCUUAUCUCCUCUUGUGGGGCAGGAAACGUGUUGAUAGAAUUUGGGUAGAACAGUUUUUAUGUUGGAGUGGUUAAAAUCUCCAGCAACGAUGAAAGCAGACUCCGGGUGUCGUGUCUGUUGAUUGCUAACGGCAGCAUGUAGUUCUUUCAUAGCUAGCUUGGCAUUAGCAUCAGGUGGUAUGUAAGCAGCGAUGGUUAUAAUGGAGGUGAAUUCUCUCGGAAGGUAGAAGGGCCUAUCAUUAACCAUGAGAAAUUCAAUGUUGGCAGAACAGUGCUUAGCGAUGGUAAGGAUGUCUGUACACCAGGAUUUGUUUAGAUAGAUGCACAGACCCCCUCCACGUGAUUUACAGCAGUCAGCUGUUCUGUCCAAGCGGAUGCAAUUACGUCCUUGUAGUCCGACAGCGCAGUCUGGAAUGCCGUCGUGCAACCAUGUACAGACCCAAACAAUGGAUAGGGCGUUUAGUACGGUCCAUCACCGUUGCUUCUUUCUCCAUAAAAAGCUGCAGUGUUUAAUUACUUUUAUUUACCUUUCAGCAUUUCCUAUUAUAGUCAAAUGUGUAAAAUGCUGUUUAGAGUCCAACGAUUUACUAUUAUUCAACUCUUAUUCCCGCUCGCUCCCCUUGCUUGAGCACGAUCUGGCAUCUAGGAUCGAUUGCUCUGCCUUGGGUCCCUGGAUGUUAACGCUGAAUUUCAUGCAUUGAAUUUUGCAUAUCUAAUUUUUUUAACGUUAAAUAAUAGUAGGAAGUCGGAUUCAGGGAGACAUACCUAUUCAAUGUUUUACCUUUGGACAAAAGUAAUAGGCCUGCCAUACGAAAUAGUGUUAUUUUAUACUACUCGCGUUGUCAAAAUAUUUACCAGGAAGGAGAUUUGAUCUGUAAUUGCGAUAUAGUUUUAUCUGGAGACGCUUAUUUGGGUGGCUACAGUGUGACAACAAUUAGGCAAGGCAAGGCAACUUUAUUUAUAUAGCACUUUUCAUACACAAGGCAGACUCAAAGUGCUUCACAUAUAAACAUUGUCAUACAAUUAAAUAAAAUAGUUAAGUUAAAAUAAAGUUAAAAUAAAGGCAAAGUUAAAAAAGCUUUUUUAGAAAGUGCAAUGUCUUUAAGAUUUAGCAGAAAGCUAUAGCAAACAUAAAAGUCUUCAGUCUUGUUUUAAAGGUGCUCAGAGUUGGGGCAAGUCUUAAAUCCUCUGGGAGUUUAUUCCAGCUAUUUGUUGCGUAGUAACUAAAUCCUGCUUUCCCUUGUUUUGUGUUUACUCUGGGGAUAAUUAACAGAUUGGUCUCAGAGCUUCUUAGUGGUCUAAAAGGCUGAUGUAGUGGAAGCAUAUCAGUUAAAUAUUUUGGGCCUAAACCAUGUAGGGAUUUAUAGGUAAGCAACAUGAUUUUAAAAUCAAUUCUCUGACCUACAGGAAGCCAAUGUAACAAUUUCAGAAUUGGUGUAAUAUGAUCAAAUCUUUUGGACUUUGUUAGAACUCUAGCAGCAGCAUUCUGAACAAGCUGAAGCUUCCUCAGAGUUUGUUUUGGGAGACCUGUAAGGAGACCAUUGCAGUAAUCAAGCUUACUAGUGAUAAAGGCAUGUACAAGUUUUUGUAAGUCUUCGGUGGACAUGAGCCCUCUAAGUCUUGCUACAUUUUUAAGGUGAUAAUAUGCCGAUUUUGUAACUGAUUUGAUGUGACUGUCAAAAUGUAAAUCUGAAUCCAUGAUAACCCCUAGAUUUCUGGCUUUGAUUGAGGUUUUCAGGGACAGAGAGUGAAGGUGUUGGGUUACUUUAAGCCUUUCCGUUUUAGAACCAAAUACAAUUAUCUCUGUUUUGUCCUCAUUGAGAUUGAAAUUUCGGCACAUCCAUUCCUUCACUUGCUCAAUGCACUGGCACAGCAGAUCUAUGGGCCGAUAGUCAUUUGGUGAUAGCGAUACAUAGAUUUGCGUGUCAUCAGCAUAGCAAUGAUGGUCAAUAUUGUUAUUUUGCAUGAUUUGCCCUAGUGGGAGCAUGUAGAUGUUGAAUAAAGAGGGUCCUAAGAUCGAACCUUGUGGGACUCCACAUGUCACGUUGGUUGAUUCUGAUACAAAGUCGCUAAUGGAAACAAAGUAGUUCCUAUUUUGUAGGUAGGACCUGAACCAAUUUAAGACAGUGCCUGAAAGCCCCACCCAGUUUUCUAACCUUUCCAGAAGUAAUGUAUGGUCUACAGUGUCGAAUGCAGCACUGAGGUGGAGUAGAUAAAACCUGUUGGUCUGCAUGCAUGAAAAACGUCAUGAAAGAGAAUAUUCUAACCAAUGAAAAACAACGCAAGAUAAAGGAAGUUGGUGAGGUCAAAACAAAGCAGAUUCAAAUUGGUUUAUAAUGCAUCUGAACAAAUGUACAUAGCCCAAGCUGACCCAGAACUAUGGCAGCCAGAGACUAUAAAGCAAGCUCCCCAGGGCCGGAUCUGUCUGAUAAGCAGCUCCAGGAUGUUGCAAAAACUCUGGGACAGGAGUGGGAGCAGGUGGCCAUCCACCUGGGGCUGAAGAACGAAGAUCUGGACGAGAUCAAGAACGAAGAGAUAACUGAGUUCAUGCGGAAAUACAAGAUGUUGCAGCGGUGGAAAUCCCGAAGACCACAAGGAAAGACCACAGCACAGGACCUGCUGAGAGGUCUGGAAGACCUGGAGGACCUACUGGUCGAGACUCGUCGGUUGUUGACGGAACUUGGAAGGAUUGGCUCUGAAUUAAUCAACAGGUUGUCGGACGACGAUGUCAUCGGUCUCCUGCAUUACCUUAGGAUGAUGGAUGUGUUGAAUGGCCAGGAGAAGAAGACUGUAGAGGAGAAGAUGACCAGUGAAGACAGAGCAUGUUGUCUCAUUGAUACGGUGAUGAGGAAAGGGGAGAGAGAGAGUAGCCUGAUGGUUGAUUAUCUGAAGGAGAGGCACCCUGACCUAUGCUGGACCCUGGGUCUGACCCCAACUUCUGCUCGGAUCAGGUUUGGUAGGAGUCAGGAGUCAUUCGGUAGAAAGGAGAGACCUGGUCUGAUGUCCCCGUCUCUGCCCCUCAAAAUGCAUGAAGGCGACAGCGAGCUGGAUUUACUAUCAAAAGUGGAAAGGUGUCAUAUAGACACAGCAAGCAUGUCUUUGAUGGACAGUUAUGAAGAGGAGGACGGUUCUGAUUCUGACGCCAGUGCUGAGAUUGAUGAAGUUGAUAAAGAUGAUGAAGAGGAGAUGCACUUCAAGUCACAUUGUGAAAAAUGUAAAGCAGCUGAGAAGAGUCCUGAGUAUGUGAAGGUUACCCCAACGAAGAUUUCUAAGUGGAGCUUUGAGGUACAGCUGGAAGGCGAGGGGACCUAUGAGUGUUCGGCUACAGGUCUGGUGUUUGAAGUGUCGGAGCAGGCUCUGGUCCGCUACUCGGUCCUGUCCUGGUUCCAAUUCUCUGAGUUCCUCGGGGACUCCUGGAGACCUGCUGGAUCGAUUUAUGAUGUGGAUGUGGUCAACAAGGAUCCAUCUGUGCUCAAGUUUAUCCAUUUCCCACACUCGCUGUGCCUUGCUGAACCUGAGCAUGAGCUGAGCUUCAGUGUUCUGCACGUAAAGGGCAGCCAUGCCGACAUUGAGUCGACGGUAGACUUUACGGAGAGCCAUGUUAAAUGGCGCGUGUCCUCGCUUUCUGCCGUGGGUCUCAUCAUUCCGAGCAGUCUGCAGGGGAAGCACCACGGGGCUGUGCUGGUUUACAAGGAGGGGAACCACAAAUACUUCUUCCAAGUGUAUUUGGGCGUGAACAGCGAAUCUGAGAUCAAGGCUAUUGAAGAACAGGUGAACAAAUCCAGGAAGAAAUGCAUCAGGAUUUACAAACCGGCCCCCUGUAAGUCCCAGCUGGUGGCCGGGAAGAACUACCACCUCACAAGCGAGCCAGAAGGGAAAGUUGAACCUUCAGAACUCAAAUUCAACACUGAUGUAAUAGGCCUUAAGGGAUUUUCUGAAGCACGCUUCGAUGAGCAUCCUCCUUUCAGAUUAUUUCUCAUGGACUCUGUGAAUAAAAAAAGAAGAAACUGUGACAAACCUUUGUGGUCUGCUACAAUCACAGAAGAGGAUUUGAACAGCGAGGAGCACAACAUCGGACAGAAAGAGCAUGUAAAGAAUACAUCUGCUGAUCUGAUGACGUCAGGCAGUAGUGGAGAGGGGAGCUUGUCCAGGUCGGGGACGUCCAGCCCUAUGGUCUUGAGGUCGUCAUAUCCCCUAGAUGGAAGUCGUAGGUGGCAUGGGAUGGGUUGGGAUCCACCAUUCAGUAGCGGACAGGAGAGGCCUCCUCGUCCGCCAAAAGGGUUUGGUUGGAAUCCAUCAUUCAGUAGCGGACAGGAGAGGCCUCCUCGUCCGCGAAAAGGGUUUGGUGCCCUACAAAGGAAAAGUGCAGUAACUACGUCAACAUUGACACGGAGAAAAAUGCCUUCAUACAGGCCGGCCAAACCUGUUGCAGAUUGGCCAGUGCCGUCAAGCAGUAGCGGACAGGGGAGCUUGUCCAAGCCUGAGCUGUCCGGCCCUGGGGUCUCUAAGUCGUCACUUCCAUUUUCAUUUGCUGGUGGCAAGCUGCAGCCGGUGGCGUCAGGCAGUAGCAGACAGCGGAGCUUGUUCAGGUCUAAGCUAAGCUGUCUAAGUGUCCCUGUGGACUCUGAGUCGUCACUUCCAAUUUUAUGCGACUCUCCUGAAGUGGGACCUUCUCAGGAGAAAACACCAGACCCAGAAAGGACUGAAGUUAAUCUUAACGCGACCGGCAACGGCAGUGAUGUCAACAUCACUCCGGUUCCUCGAACAGGACGUGUAUGGAAUCGUAUUAAAUCUGUCUUUUUAAAGAAGCAGUCAUUCAGUACCAGACAGGGGCGCCUUUCUGGUGCGGCGUACGAUGAUCCUCACCGCAGAAUGCCUAAAAGCGACGGCAUGCUGGACGACGAAGAUGAUGAAGAGGAUGAAGAGGAGAUGCACUUCAAGACACGUUGUGAAAAAUGUAAAGCAGCUCACCAGACUCCUGAGAAUGAGAAGGUUACCCCAAUGAAGAUUUCUAAGUGGAGCUUCCAGGUACAGCUGGAAGGCGAGGGGACCUAUGAGUGUUCGGCUACAGGUCUGGUGUUUGAAGUGUCGGAGCAGGCUCUGGUCCGCUACUCGGUCCUGUCCUGGUUCCAAUUCUCUGAGUUCCUCAAAGACUCCUGGAGGCCUGCUGGAUCGAUUUAUGAUGUGGAUGUGGAUGAUCCAUCUGUGCUCAAGUUUAUCCAUUUUCCACACUCUCUGUGCCUUGAUGAACCUGAGCAUGAGCUGAGCUUCAGUGUUCUGCAUGUAAAGGAUCGCCAUGCCAACAUUGAGACGACGGUGGACUUCACGGCGAGCCAUGUUAAAUGGCGCGUGUCCUCGCUUUCUCUCCUGGCUCCCAUCAUUCCGGAAAGUCAGAAGAUGAAGCACCACGCGUUGGUGUUGAUUUACAAGGAGCUGAACAAAUACCACAAAAACAAAUUUGUCUUCCACCUGUUUUUGGCCUCGAACUACGACUCUGAGAUCCAGGCUAUUAAUAAACAGGUGCUCAAGUCCAGGAAGAAAUGCAUCAAGAUUUACAAACCGGCCGCCUGUAGGCUGGAAGAGAAGUUCUACCACCUCACAAGCGAGCCAGAAAGGAAUAUUGAGCCUCCGAAACUAGAAUUCGUCACUGAAGUGUUAGCACUGAAGGGCUUUUCUGAAGCAUGCUUCGGUGAGCGUCCUCCUUUCAGAUUGUUUCUCAUGGACUCAGACUGUGAUGAACUUUUGUGGUCUGCUACAAUCAGAGAAGAUGAUUGGAACGGCGAGAAAUCAAAUCUAUGGAAAAUAUUCCGAUUUCUUCCGAGGAAGUCCCAUGGGGCCAACAGCAGACAGAGAGUUGCUGCAGGGACUUCUGAUUUCCGAUCUUCACCUCGCCUCUCUCUGGUGCAUGAGAAAUGUCGUAGCAAAAUGGAUCCGGGACAUGUUUCCAGCACUCCAGCUCCCUCCAGUGAAUCACAGCCUGCAGGCCAAGCAACAUCCAGCACCACAUCCAGCCCUCCAGCUCCCUCCAGGGCAACACAGGCUGCAGGACAUCCAACAUCCAGCACCACAUCCAGCCCUCCAGCUCCCUCCAGGGCAACACAGGCUGCAGGACAUCCAACAUCCAGCACCACAUCCAGCCCUCCAGCUCCCUCCAGGGCAACACAGGCUGCAGGACAUCCAACAUCCAGCACCACAUCCAGCCCUCCAGCUCCCUCCAGGGCAACACAGGCAGAAGGGGAGCUUCGAAGUAUCCGUUCUGAAUUUGUGCAGAGAGUUCAAAUCCCAGUUAUCAAAGGUCUCCUGGAUGACCUUUGGCAGCAGAAAUUGUUGAGUACUGAGGACAUGGACUCUGUGAUGGAGAAGGGGAAGAUCAAAGCGGACAUGGCACGGUGUCUGAUCGACAUGGUUAUCGGGAAAGGGGAGAAUGCAAGUAAGGAAAUGAUCGAUAGCAUGAAGAAGAGGGACAAUCCCUUAUGCAUCACCCUGGGUCUGAUCUCUUCUCCAACUGCUAGUGGGCCUGAGGUCUAACUAUGAGUGUAUUUUUAAAGAAAAUUAUUACUGUCGACUUUGUAUGUAAUUAUUCGACACAUGUUUAGAAUAGGACCUCCUGCCUGUGCUAGCACAUAUAUAUACCUAUCCAUACAUACAAAUAUAAAGUGUACAAAGCUUUUCCUCUCGGGUACCUCCUAUAUCCAGAUAUAGGAGGUUGGCAGGUUGGCUUGUAAACAGAAGGUUGCUAGUUCGAUCCCUUUUCUGUGUCCCUGAGAAACACCUAACCCUAGCUGCUCCCGAUGAGCUGAUGGAACAUUGCAUGGUUAACUCCGCCGUGUGUAUUAGGGCUGUCAGUCGCUUUGGAUAAAAGCGUCUGCUAAAUGCCCUAAAUGUAAGUUUUGUUUUAUUGUGAUUCCAGACUUGGUAAAACAGGUUGACCUUGUGCCAAAGAAAGGUUGAAUUUUUUUAUAAUCCACAAUGAUAAGCACAAUCUUUAAUCAUUUUCCCCAAGUGGCUGCUAGCAUUGAGCUAUAUCGUUUUUUAUAAAUAUAUAUUAUGCAUGUUACCUUUAUUUUUGAUUGUAUACACACAAAGAAUUGAACUAUGCACAAAAUUCUGAAAACUUGAAGCUCAGGUAUCAACUACAAGACUCCUGACUACUAAACUCUAAGCACAAUUCUACUGUUUUCACACAUAUAGAAAUUCUAAAUCAAAUUUUUGCAAAACUCUAUGCACUAAUCUCAUCAUUUAGCUCACUUGGUUCACCUUGAAACACUGGCCUUCAAAACGCAAUAACUAAUUACCAAUAAGUCUCAGGUUUGUGUUUUGAGAAAUUGAGCUAUAGUUUCAGAAAACAUGGUUAAACGAUUGAGAAAAACUUUAACAUGGAUAUAACUAAACUCCCACUUUCAGGGAUUUCACCAUAACAUUAAUAAAAGUGGUUUGUGGAAAAGGCUGCUUUCUUGCUUCAUUUGUUUGACAUGUUUUUAACCUGUCCAUGCCAACGUAAUAUCUAUCAAUACUUUUAAUAUAGUAAAUAUUAUCACAUUAAUAUAAUUCGACAACAUUCUAUAAAUAAUGGAAUACAUCCGUGUAAGCUUUGGGGUCACCAUUGACACUUCAGUGGAUUCAUGUGUAACAUUAUUCAUGGGUUCACUCAUGGCUCUAAAGAAGUAGAAAUGUGAGCUCAGGUGCUUUAAGAGUGAGUGGGGGCAGGUAUUCCUUAUAGUGAGUAGAGAGACUGAAGGUGAGCCAGACAGCGUGUAAACGUACACCACAUACCCACAGCGGGCCCACCGGUCCACCUGCCGUGGCCGAGGCCCAGUUCAGGAGCACGGAGCGCCUGGGCACGUCCGUCGGUCAGACAGCCCUUGGGCUUCUCCCCUGCACGUGGUGCCCAGAUCAGACAGGCUAUCGGCCGUGUGGCGACUACCGCCGUCUCAACGGCUCCACCAUCCCAGACCCGUGUCCAGUCCCACACAUCCAGGAUUUUUCGGCCCGGCUGGCUGGACAGGUGGUGUUCUCUAAGGCAGACCUGGUCCGGGGCUGUCACCAAGUUCUGGUUGGUCAACACGAUAUCCCUAAAACCGCAGUCAUCACUCUGUUCAUGCUUCGAGGUCCUGCGUUGGCCCUUCAGUCUUAAAACGCCGCACAAGCUUUCCAGCGUCUGAUGAAUUCCGUGCCGAAGGACCUCCCCUUCCUUUUCGUCUACCUGCCCCACCCACGGAUCCUUUUUGAACGCCUCAACCAGCACGGCCUCAUUGUGAGGCCGGCCAAGGGCCAGUUUGGCCGGUCGUCCGUCCACUUCCUGGGGCAUCACAUCAGUUGGGACGGAGCUGG